UCAAGAAACAUUGGUAUCGGUAUCAUUUCGAGCGACCACAUCCAUCGGCCAUAUGACCGAACAAUAUCUGAUUCUCAAUGCGUCCGCUCAACGAAGCCAUGGACAUUGAGUAAAGCCCUUCUCUUGUUGAUUCACCAGGGAAAAAAGAAGGGAGGGUCGGUCUCCCCAUGGCUCCCACUCUCACCUCCAACUCAUUCCUCCUCACAACUCCUCCACGCUCUAAGCUCAACCCCCUCAAGAAUUCCAGGCUCACCGUCUUUGCCAAGAAGUCCGGUCCCGGUCCGUUCCCUCCGUUUCGGCUCGGCAAGGCCUUGGAGGCGGAAGAACCGACGUCCAGGGAGAAUGGGGACGAUGGUCCGGCCAAUUUCAAUCCGUUCCGGUUCAACUUCGCGAAGAUCCCGGAUGUGAAGUCGCCGGUCCCCGUCGUGAGCAACAAGUCUUCGGGGUUGUCGUUUGGGAACACCAGGAGGAAGGACCCUGGGAUGGUGUUUGUGGCGGGGGCAACGGGCCAAGCUGGUAUCCGCAUUGCGCAGCAGUUGCUGAGGGAAGGUUUCAGCGUGAGGGCAGGUGUGCCAGAGCUCGGCGCUGCCCAGGAGUUGGCUCGCCUGGCCGCCCAAUACAAGAUAAUAUCAAAUGAAGAAUUGAAACGCCUGAACGCUGUUGAAUCCACCUUCCAAGACGCGGAAUCGAUCGCGAAAGCCAUUGGAAAUGCGAGCAAAGUGGUGGUCACCAUCGGACCCGCCGAGUAUGGCCCCACCACGGAAGUCACCACCGUGGAUGCCUUGCAGGUGGUCCAAGCUGCCAAGUUGGCGGGAGUCGGUCACGUGGCGAUCGUCUACGACGGGAACACGGCCACGUCCACAUACAAUGUGCUGGACGGCAUCUCCUCGUUCUUCAACAGCUUCUUCUCACGGUCGCAGCCGCUGACGAUGCCCGAGUUCUUACAGAAGCUAGCGGAAGUCGACGUGAGCUUCACGCUCAUCAAGACGAGUUUGACCGAGGAUUACUCACCGGAGAGUUCCUAUAGCAUUGUGGUGGCGGAAGAGAGAAGAGGUGGUGCAAACAACUACAAAGUUGCAAAGUCUCAGAUAGCAGUGCUGGUCGCCGGUGUUUUCUCCAACACAGCUGUGGCAGAGAACAAGGUGGUGGAAGUUUCGACGGAUCCAUCAGCUCCUUCACGGCCUAUAGAUGAGCUCUUCAGUGCCAUUCCUGAGGAUGGAAGAAGGAAAGAGUACAAAGCGGUGCUUGCGAAAGCAAAAGCCGAGGAAGAGGCCCAAAUAGCUGCUGAGAAAGCCCAGGAAGCGGCUGAGGCUGCAAAGAAGCUCGAGGUAGAAGUGAAGAAGCUCUCGGAGCAGGAGGCCAAGGCCGCGAGUCUCGCAGAAGAAGCCAAAGAGAAGGCGGAGGCUGCUGGGAUUUCGAUGGACGGCCUACUCGGCAAAGCCAAGGACUUCAGAGCGGGUCUAAACUUUGACAAGCUUGGCUCUGACCUUGCGAACUCUAUGCAGAGUUCGGUGGAGAAGCCGAAUGUGCAGAUUGCUACAGUGAGAGGGCAGGCCAGGGCUCGGAUCUUAACUCCACAGAAAGCGCUGAUCAAGCAGCCUCGUCCCACCCCGAAACCGAAGCCUGCUCCUGCUUCGAGUCCAAAAGUGGCAAAGGAGGAGCCGAAACAGCAGGCCGAGACUAAGAAGGAAGUGAGGAAGGUGUUUGGUGGACUGUUUCAGCAAGAGACCAUCUACAUCGAUGAUGACUGAGAAAAAGAAGAUCGGUCUUAUUGGUUUUGCGUAUAGUAUGUCGUUAUCUAGCAUUUGUUUAUCGCGGUUGAAUUUGAACGUGUAAUUAAGAGAUUCAUGAGUUGAAUAAAACAAAGUAGUAUUUUGUGGAA